UCUAUCUAUCUAUCUAUCUAUCUAUCUAUCUAUAUAUACACACACACACAUACACACACCGAGGGACACAUAACAAAAAACAUCUGACUAAAAUAUAAAAUAAAAUCACUCCCUCUCUAUAAUGCACAUAUAGUGAAGCAAAAAUGUAACUUUCCGUGAAUUAACUAUGCAUAAAGCACCAUGUAAUUAACACUAUAUUUUUAGGACAAAAAAAACACAAACCCUACAAAUAGCCUGGCUAAACGGCAGUUAGGUUCAGUUCAGUUCAAAGCGACAGACAAGCAAAUCAAGUGCGAGAAGGAGAGCGGGCUGGGUGAAGAGGGAAUGGGCUCGCCCCAGGUUCGGCUGCCGGAGCUGGGGUUAAAGCGAAGCUGAAGCAUCUCGUCUCCCGAAGAAAGCUGCAGCUCCACUCACAGCAAAAAAAGAUUGAAGAUUACUUCCUUUGUCAAACACAAAGACAGCUAUCCCCUACAAAAUGACAAGCCUCAUUAAUUUAGGGACUUUAAAUGAUUCACUUCCCUACAGCUUUAAGGAGAGUACAAGCACCGUAAAUACAACACUGGAGCCCAACACCACCACAUGCGUUAUAAACGACGACUCCAUGAGCAUUCCUUUAGCCUUGGUCUACUCACUCAUGUUUGUCUUUGGACUGUUAGGAAAUGUCUUAGCCCUGUACGUCUUCCUCUGUGUCCACUCAAAGAAGAACUCUGUCCAUGUUUUCCUUGUCAACAUAGCUGUUGCUGACCUCAUCCUGAUUAUCUGCUUGCCUUUCCGCAUAGUCUACCACAGCACCAAAAACCAUUGGAUGCUGGGCCAGACCUUCUGUAAAGUGGUCGGCAAUAUGUUCUACAUGAACAUGUACAUCAGCAUCACCCUGCUUGGGUUCAUCAGUGUGGACCGAUACAUCAAAAUCCAACGCUCUGUACAGCAGUACAAACUGCAGAAGACCAAAUGGAGCAUCAUCAUAUGUUGCUUCACCUGGGUUAUGGCCAUUGCUUUCAUUAUACCCAUGAUCAGCAAACCAGAAGGCAACGAGAAGGACAGUAAAUGUUUCCAAUACAAGGGCAGACAGAACGCUAAAUGGAAAGCUUUCUUUAACCUUGCAAUGGUUGUCGUCUUUUGGAUAGUUUAUAUUUCCCUAAUGCUCUCUUAUGGUCAAAUUGCCAAGAAGCUUUUCAAACUUUCUAGGGAGAAAUCAGACCUUCCCAAUGCCCACAAGUAUGGAAAAACGGCAAAAAAAUCUUUUUUUGUGCUUUUUAUCUUUACAGUGUGCUUCGUUCCAUAUCACAUUUUUCGUGUAAUCUACAUCUCGUCCCAGAUCUAUGGCACUACCUGCUACUGGACGAACAUCAUUGACAAAACCAAUGAGGUGGCCCUGCUCUUCUCAACUCUAAACAGUUGCCUGGAUCCAGUCAUGUUCUUUCUGCUGUCAGGCUCUGUGCGCAAGAUGACUGUCAGACUCCUGUGCAGAAACAUCCCAUCAUAUGCAACCACAACCAACAGCUCCACCACAGAGCACCAGCAAACGAAAGCUUCCCAGGUGACCAGUAGCACACCGGCGAGUUUCAGCAUCAUUCAUUCAUUCCGACAGAAACGGUCAAUUACAGGAAUCUAAAGGGACCUUCAACAUCUGUUGGAAAUCCUCAACUCCUAAAAACAGGAACAGGACUUUGCUAAAAACUAGCUCGACUCCUGGUGGAACAGUGCAAGACACUCCUAAUGUACUGUAAGGUUGAAAACAAACUUCUAAAAACAAGAAUGAAACUGGCUAUCCCUGACAGAUUUAUACUGGGUUAAAUGCAGUGUGGCAGCAGUGUGGAGUAGUGGUUAGGGCUCUGGACUCUUGACCGGAGGGUCGUGGGUUCAUAUCCCGGUGGGGACACUGCUGCUGUACCCUUGAGCAAGGUACUUUACCUAGAUUGCUCCAGUAAAAACCCAACUGUAUAAAUGGGUAAUUGUAUGUAAAAAUAAUGUGAUAUCUUGUUACAAUUGUAAGUCGCCCUGGAUAAGGGCGUCAGCUAAGAAAUAAAUAAUAAUAAUAAUAAAAUGGACCGCUGAAAAUGACCGUAACAUCCGUUCUGUACAGGAACGAAUGACUUUAAAAUAUGGAAUAUAAAACAAACUACCUGUCUAUAACCAUGGAAUAUAAAACAAACUAUCUCUAUAUAAACCCGACUGAACCGGCAUCUCUUGAAAUAUGACAUGCUGAAGCAAAGAAAAAUUUAACAGUAACAUCAUUUUAACAAUAUUACCACUAAGAAACUAUUCAGAACUGUUUAACUAUCCUUAUGUUUUAUACUCACUAAGAAUGAGACACAUUGAGUCUGAAAGCAUCUCAUCCAGUAUGCAAUAUGCCAAAUUGUUAAACAUGACAGUUUUAACAACAGUGUAUUUAUUCUUCUUCUGCAUCAUCAUCAGGCUUCACAGUACUGUAUUCCAUAUUCAUGUUUGGAAAAAGAUAUAAAAAAAAAAAAUCAUUUCAGUUAUUUUGUGAUCUCUGUGAAAGAGAA